GCUGCGCUGGAGGUUCUACGGCAACAAUCUCGUUCAUUUGCUGCACUUAAGAGAAAAUCACAACUCAAGUUGUCUAAAUGGAGCGAUACCAAAACCAACCAAGAAGGAGACGAAGGAAAAAAAUUGCACUUUGUCAGUCCGGCACGUCGAAAAUCUGUACUGGCUCCCAUUUUAAAUAAAAUCAAGAAUGGUACAGAUGUGGAUGGCAGUGAAAAAAAGAAUGGCGCCUUUGAUAGCAAUGGACAUGUUACUGUUCAAAUAGAACCGGCUAAAAAGGUCAAGAGACAUAGCAUACACGGCAUGAUGGAGGAGGAGAAUAUUAUAAGACCGCAUCAAGAGAUACGACAGUUGACCUUAGAAGAAAAGAAGUUUUUGUUGGCUGUUGAACGUGGUGAUAUGGCCGGUACAAGAAGAAUGUUACAAAAAGCUCAGGAUACCGAUUAUAUCAAUGUGAAUUGUGUUGAUCCACUUGGUCGUACUGCACUGCUCAUGGCCAUUGAUAAUGAAAAUUUAGAAAUGGUAGAGCUCUUAAUUAACUAUAAUGUUGACACAAAGGACGCACUGUUACAUUCAAUAUCAGAAGAGUUUGUUGAAGCUGUGGAAGUUCUUUUGGAUCAUGAAAAUAUAACAUUUCAAAGUGAGGGAAAUCAUUGUUGGGAGUCAACUGCGGAAGAAACAUCAACAUUUACACCAGAUAUAACACCUCUUAUAUUAGCAGCUCAUCGUGAUAAUUAUGAGAUCAUCAAAAUCUUACUUGAUAGAGGGGCUGUUUUACCAAUGCCACAUGAUGUGAGAUGUGGUUGUGAUGAAUGUGUACAGUCUCGUCAAGAGGAUUCACUUCGUCAUUCACGUUCACGUAUUAAUGCUUAUCGAGCAUUAGCUAGUCCUAGUUUAAUAGCUUUAUCCUCUAAAGAUCCUAUUUUAACAGCCUUUGAAUUAUCAUGGGAAUUGAGGCGUUUAAGUUUUUUAGAGCAUGAAUUUAAGAAUGAGUACCAGGAAUUACGCAAACAAUGCCAGGAUUUUGCUACAGCAUUAUUAGACCAUACACGCACGUCGCAUGAAUUGGAAAUACUACUUAAUCAUGAUCCCACCGGUCCAGUCUAUGAACAUGGUGAACGCAUGCACUUGAAUCGUUUAAAAUUAGCUAUUAAACUUCGACAAAAGAAGUUCGUUGCUCAUUCAAAUGUACAACAAUUAUUGGCAAGCAUCUGGUAUGAGGGUUUACCUGGAUUUCGUCGUAAAAAUAUGGCAUUACAAGCAGUCGAUAUCAUUCGUAUUGGUAUAAUGUUCCCGAUAUUUUCAUUAGCAUAUAUACUAGCUCCUUAUUCAAGUAUUGGACAGACAAUGCGGAAACCGUUCAUUAAAUUUAUUUGUCAUAGUGCAUCUUAUUUUACGUUUUUAUUCUUGUUGAUGUUAGCAUCUCAACGAAUCGAAACUUUUAUCGGUGGUUGGUUUUGGAAUGACUCACAUAGCAAUUUAUUAUCGCAGGUUGAAGAGCUACCCACAAAACGGGGUGCUAAGCCCACAUUUAUCGAAUGGCUUAUUUUGGCUUGGGUUAGCGGACUUAUUUGGAGUGAAGUGAAACAACUGUGGGAUGUUGGACUGCAAGAAUAUCUCAAUGAUAUGUGGAAUGUUAUCGACUUCGUCACCAAUUCAUUAUAUGUUGCCACGGUAGCAUUACGCGUGGUGUCAUUUUUUCAGGUGCAAAAAGAAAUGAUCACCAAUCCAUACGCCACAGAUUUACCGCGUGAGCGUUGGGACACUUGGGAUCCAAUGCUCAUUUCGGAAGGGCUUUUUAGUGCGGCAAACAUUUUCAGUAGCCUCAAACUGGUAUACAUAUUUUCAGUAAAUCCACAUUUGGGGCCACUGCAGGUGUCACUGUCCCGUAUGGUUAUGGAUAUUAUGAAAUUUUUCUUUUUGUAUGUUUUAGUUUUGUUCGCAUUUGGAAGCGGUUUAAACCAAUUACUUUGGUAUUAUGCUGAUCUGGAGAAAAAACGUUGCCCUGAGGUGUCACCAACAAAUGUGCUGCUUAGUCUAAAUGGUACCACAGAUCCAAAUGCUUGCAUCGUCUGGCGUCGAUUUUCCAAUCUUUUUGAAACAACUCAAACCCUAUUUUGGGCAGUCUUUGGUCUAAUCGAUUUAGAUAGCUUUGAAUUGGAUGGCAUAAAAAUAUUUACGAGAUUUUGGGGCAUGUUAAUGUUUGGCACAUAUUCAGUGAUUAACAUUGUGGUAUUGUUAAAUCUUUUAAUUGCUAUGAUGAAUCAUUCAUAUCAGCUGAUUUCGGAACGUGCAGAUGUUGAAUGGAAAUUUGCGCGUUCGAAACUUUGGAUAAGUUAUUUUGAGGAAGGUGGUACCUGUCCACCACCAUUUAAUAUAAUACCCACACCGAAAUCUAUAUGGUAUGCUUUCAAAUGGGUAAGAAGAGUGUUUUGUAGUGGAUCAUCGGCAGCACGACGUGAACACUUAAAAACGAUACGACGUAAGGCACAACAGGCUAGUGAUCGGGAUUUCAAAUAUCAGCAAAUAAUGCGAAAUUUGGUGAGACGCUAUGUGACGGUUGAGCAACGUAAGGCAGAAUCUCAAGGAGUCACAGAAGAUGAUGUCAAUGAAAUCAAACAGGAUAUAUCGGCAUUCCGAUGUGAAUUAGUAGAAAUAUUGAAAAAUAGUGGCAUGGAUACAAAUGUAACAGCUGGACAAGGUGGAGGUGGUGGUGGUAAGAAAAACCGUCAAAAAGAACGUCGCCUUAUGAAAGGCUUUAAUAUUGCACCACCAGGCUCAACAGGUUCUCUGGCACCAGUUGCAGAAUUUUCUACGUCACUGGAUAAUUAUGAUAAUCAGAACGAAAUACUUACGUCAACAUUAUCGAACCUCUUUACACCUAACUUCAUGCACAAAAAGCAAACGAAUUGUUGUUCGAAUAGCAAUUGCAAUGAUCUAAAUGAGAAAGAAUCUCCACCACUUACAACAGCAGUACAAACUACUAACAAAUACAAUAAGUCCACACUAAAACCAUACAAUAAACGUAUUGCAGGUCACAAGAAACGUUGGGGAACUCUGAUUGAUGCAGCAAAUGUUUCAAAAAUGCUGGGACGUUCAAAAUCCGAGGAUUCAGUUUGUAAUUCGUCAAACAAUUCAUCACCGGUGCACGGUCAAGUACGCGUUACCUAUUCACAAAAUUCCAAUCAACAUUAUCAUGGGGACUUGAAUACCGCAGAGCAAACUGCAAAUAGUAAUAGCAUAGCGAAUGCUCACAAUUUGAAGGAGCACAGUGGCGGCGUUAGUACACAUUUCUUCCAUACAACAACUGGUUUGACAGCAAUUGCUGCUUUGAAAAAGAAACGCAAGAAGUUUUCAUCAAGCAAAAAUAUUUGCCCUGUCACUGAAUCAAUUUCUACUGCCAAUGGAACUGAUACGCUUAACGAUAAGUUUCUUAAGCGCGUUUCCAGUUAUCCAGCAUCGAAUGCCGAUAGUGGUGUUCAAAAUAAAGAUGCCACAAUCAUAGCUAAACCCCGACGACACGAACAAACACAGAGUCAACAUGAUUCUGUGGAAACAUCUACUGAAUUUACGCUGUCCAGCGAGAUACACCAUUUGGAUCCAUCCAAUACAUCCGUCAAUUCACGUGAACCAUUAAUAAGCAGUAGUUACGCCUCCACAAGUAUCAUCAGCUAAGUACAUCAACAAAUUGGAAAUACUCAUACACCAUGGCGUGUACAAUAUUUCAA